AGUGAGCUCGAGCUGCUGUUCCUGGACGCAGAGGUACUAUAGAGGUACUCAAGGACGCAGAGGUACUCAAUACCGUACGCCCCUUCAUUGGAAAUGGUAGGAAGGCGGGGUCGCCGUCCCGCCCGUGGAAGAGGCAGAGGCCAUGCGGUGAAGAAGGCUGGUCCCAAAAAGGGUGCAAAGAAGGCAAGGUCCAUGGUCGCGUUGGGUGACUCGGAUGUCCAGGAUACCAAUGUGACAGUCGCAGCCAACAAAGAUGACGUCGACAAGGAAGGAUUUAGUGCUGAAGUCCCCGCCCCCAAGAAACAGGUGAAGAAGGAGGUGAAACCUACCAAAGGCGUGAUAAAACCUUCUGUCGCAAAGAAGGGGAAGAAAGAUAGCGAAAAGAAUGCACCGAAAAAGACACCGUCCAAACCCUCGCGAGGUGCAAAAAAACCGCCUCCCGAUUCGAAGGCAACGGCUAAAGCUGAAAAAAAGCGUCCGUCAGAGAAGCGUCGGUCGGCGGACGACAGCGGGAAUUCGCUUCGUUUUGGAAGCGAAUCCGAAGCGUGGCCCAGCACGGGGUCCGUACAAUCGGUGCUUUCCAUGCUGAGACUAUCCCAGAUCUCUCCGUCCGGUGGUGAGGAACGACGAGGAAGUAAGAAGGGCGAAACAAAGGCGUCCGUUGCAGGAGGUAAAAAAAGUGCACAGAAAGCCGCACCGAAAAGCGCCGAGAAAAAGAAAGUGCCCGAACCACAAGUUAAGAAAGAAUUGGGAAAGAAGGAAGACAAGGGAGAAGGGCAGGUUUCAGUGACGGAAUCUCUGCAAACCGACGAGACUGUGAGGGCCACAGAUUCUACUCAGACACCAGAAGCACCGGAAACCUCAAAGAGGGGGGAACAGGACUUGAAGGCAGUCGAGAAAAUGGCCGUUAAGAAAUUUCUGAAAGGCCUGUGGCGGACGUACUCGGCUACUGGCAUGCGCGACGGCGAAAGCAGUGUUGCCGACACGUCUGCUUCGCCUGAAUCUAGCAAGGAGAAAACGCAGGAAGAGAAAAGGGUCGAUAAAAAGGACGCGGAUACUAGUAAAGGUAGCCCUCCUGGGAAAGAUGUGCCAGAGGAAAAAAGUGACGACCACCCAAAGAAAACUGAGAAGCCAACGGAAAUUCCCCCGUUGGAAAAAAAAGCCAGCGAGACGGAGGAGCGGCAGGGAACUGAGACACAGCGCGAAGUGGAACCUGUUGAUCAGCCGUAUCGCCGGCCUAAGACCGACGACUACGCGUCGCCGCAUUUAUCCGCAACGCAACAGCAAUUCCCGACAUUGGCACGCGCACGCGAAAUGGAAGAAGCGACGUGGAUGCGUCCCGUAACAACUCAAAGACGACUUUCACCGGGAAUGUCUCUGGACGAGGACGUGGUUGAUGAAGUAACGGAAGAGUGCUACGAACCGAAAGCUGAAGGCGGGUUACGGAAAACGCUGAAGAAGCGACGUAUCUCGCGACGGUUAAGUCAAGCUACUCCAGCUGACAGGCCAACGGGGCGAAGGACGUUGCCGAGAAGAGACGACGAUUACAUCGACGAUGCGUACUUCGAAACGCCCGUAUUUCGUGAAGAUUAUCGGGACGACGACUAUACUCCCCGGUCUCAGCUGCGUGUCCGAGGCGACCGUCGGAUAUACGAAGAGCCAAGACGCGUGGGCGAAGGUCGGGAAAGAGGCUUCUAUACUGACAACACGUACAUUCCUGCUCAGCGGUGGGUUAAAGGGAUAGAGAGUUCCUCACUGAGGAGAGAGCCACUGCAGGAGUGGAUCCCAGUGAAAGCGGGGGAGAGCUCCGUACGUCCCGUCAAGAGAGAAAUGCGACCCACGAGGGACGAUGAUGGCGGAGGACCAGCUGUGGAAUAUAGAACGAUAGUUAACCUGCGAGAUAGAAGUCCUCUGCCUUCACUGACGUCAAUCACAGACACCGUGGAAUACGUCUACGACGAUGAGGAACCCGUUAUUCGAACCGCAUCCGACGAGUGCUUCCUGAGCCACGCUGAAGCUGCGCCUCCGACGUACAAUCGAGUGACUCAACCUCGACAACCUGCUUCAACCUGGCACGCAUCACGUGGCAACAUAUGGGCCAAUGUGAAGCCCUGGUUUGAGAUCCAGGAGCCAAAGCGUGAUCCGCGAGAAAUCGUGCCACAGUCUUCGGCGACGGCAAAAGCACAGACAAACGGGAGACGUUAUAGUGCUUCCAAUAAAGAUCAGCUUUCGUCGUCGGGAAAACUUGUCCAAGACGAGGCAGAACGCAGGUCACUCUCCAACACAUCGCCCGUCAGACGUCUAGUCAACAAAAUACGGCGAAUGCAUCGUGAUCGACGCAGUACAUUGCUUUCCCCUCCUCCACCUCCCGUUCUGCCAGUGCGCGCGGCACACUGCGGGUGUUUUGGCAGCGCGCAGCCAAUGACCUCCUAUGAGCUCUCGGGUGUAGGUCAAGAAGGCUUCUAUGCGGUCGCUGGUUUCCAUGCUACUGGUUACAACCAAGAACUAUUACAAGAUCUUGAAAUCGAAGAACUACUGCAUGAAAUUGAAAAGGAAGAUCUCCUGCAAGAGCUCGAGAAACGGCAAUUAAAUCGCGAAGCUCAGAGGACUCCUUCUCCCCGACUUGAACGCAGGCUCUCCGUCGUGCAAACAGAGUGCCGACCGCCUAGGAAGAGGGCGCCACCUCAACCAUUAAAGGUAGGACAACAAUGCUCAGAUGCAGGGUUGAAAGAGCCGCCAAGUAAGCCAGCGAGGGCGGAUACGUUCUACCGAAGAAAGCCUGCCAGAGCUAUUGCCGCUCCGCGGUUAAGCCGCAGUGGUUACGACCUUCGGACUGGUUUAGACGGGGCUUUACGGAAAUACCAACCAAAGCGAAAAAUGUCUGAACAGUCUCUUGCCAGAAAAGACACCGACGCCACCGUACGCCGUCCUCCCAUUGACGGCCGCAGAAGGUCGUCUGCUAUUCCGAUUACCCAGUCUUCCCGAUUCACGUGGCGCACUCCUGCACCAAGCCGUCCUCAGCCACCGCCAUGUUUGGCUACCUCUGGACCACAACGAAACGGGGACUGGACCGUGCGUCGACCACGCUCUCAAUUCACGUACCAGAUCACGCCGAAACAGCAGUAUACGUUAGAGGAGCCGACAGAAGCAGAAAUAAGGGAAACCACGUCGACUUCAGAAGCGAAGAAACGACAUUCCAUGACAGUGCCUUGCGAAGUUUUUUCUCUGGAUACACCCGCAGAAACCGAAAGCCAAAUAUAUUCAGGUGCUGAAUCUGGUGAGCUCAAGACUACGUUUAGCGCUGAUGAGAAAUCCAAUGUCACGUUUCCACAAUCUGGGCUGAGUGGUGACAGUGCUGAAGAGAUUGCGCAAGUGAAGGAAGCUACGGGCGAGAGCAGCGGUGCUCCUCAAGGGGACACCCAUAUGCGCGCUGAAGUUUCUAUGGUACAGCAUUCGGUUGAACAAGCUACCACGUCUGCAAAAGCGGAAAGUUCGCUCACAAAAGAUUUAACACAACAAGAGCUUCCUCUCAAAAGCGACGACACUCCAUUCGAGCCUUCCGAGCAAGAAAUACCGAAGCAAACGACGACACUGCCUUCUAGGCAAGAAAUACCGAAGCAAACGACGACACUGCCUUCUAGGCAAGAAAUACCACAGGAAACGACGACACUGCCUUCCAAGCAAGAAAUACCGAAACAAACGACGACACUGCCUUCCAAGCAAGAAAUACCGAAACAAACGACGACACUGCCUUCCAAGCAAGAAAUACCGAAACAAACGACGACACUGCCUUCCAAGCAAGAAAUACCGAAGCAAACGACGACACUGCCUUCCAAGCAAGAAAUACCGAAGCAGAGCAUACCUAGCAUGUAUCGGCACAGUAUAACCAUGGAAACGCAGCCUCUGAUCAAUGAAGCUUAUGAUGACGAAUCUCCAAUGGAACCUGCUUCAAAGGCUAGCCAGCGGAAGAGUGGUGAUAGCUCCAAAUCCUUCCGAACUUUCAGUGUGGAAACACCAAGUCGGUAUAUUCAAGCAGCCAGAAGGACGACGUUCCCAGUUUCUGAGGAUACUCGCUUCCAAAAUUUCAGCGUGGGAACUGAAAGGCACCAAUGUCUUCAACGCGCUCCAAGGAUGUCGUCGUUACCGCAGCUUCCUAUUGAAGGCGCCGCAAGGUUCAGGACUUUUGCCGUGGGCACGCCCACCCGAGAAUGUAUUCCAGUGGCUACCGGAGCGACGUCUUCGCAGCAAGCCCUGGAAGAUAGCCAGGACACUCUCCGUGCGAUCAACGUAAGUGCGCCCGUGUGCGAAGGUCCUCCAGGGGAAGAGGUAACGCAGUCGCAUGAAGCCACUGCGGAGCCGGAUGUAGACAUCGGGGCCAAGCCGGUAUCCGCAGACGAUGAAGCUGCUGACAAAAGCGCUGCUUCGCACGAAGACAUUGACGAGGGUCAGGGAGAGGACGAGGUUGUGGCCGUCGUGGAAUCGAUGUCUGUCAACAAAGAGGGUGAAGUCGCGGAGGAACAUUUACCACCAGUGUCUGUCCCACUGCAGUAUGACUUGAUUGCAGUUCCACAAACCGUGGAGCAGCCAGAGAUGACGCUUUGGGAUUACACUACUAGCGUUACAUUUUAUCCGGAAUGCAAGAUCGUUAGUGUAAUAGGCAUUCUGUGCGUUUUAUGGAUAAUGAUUGUUAUGACGCUCACUAGUACACAACACCAUGGUGGCAGAUUCGCCACAACGGGAUGGACACCGCACGAAAUAACGGGUGCACAGGGUUCCACGGACGAAAGAAACAGCACAAGCGAGAUGCCUUCAACACAACCUGUCACAUCAAGUCCGGCCAUACAUUACUGCAGUACGGAUUAUUGUAAGAGAGAAGGCGUAUACUUGGACGCAAUACUGAGCGAUGCCACCGAUCCUUGCGACGAUUUUUACAGCUACGUCUGUAGGACUUGGAUGGAGGAUGCUGAGGCUCCCACGGAUGACGUUAUUUGGGAAGUGUCCAGAGACAGCAUGCUCCAGUACAACAUGGAACGUGAUGUGGUUCAUUACUUUGACGAUCCCCACCUUGUUGAUGACGUUUCGCCGGCUGGGGAUCUGUACAGAAGUUGCAUGUUGAGCGCGAGCACUUCGGGAGUGGACUACUUGCGUCUCCUCUUCAAGCAGUGGCAUAUCGGAGGCUGGCCGGUACCGCAAACGGUUAACAAGCAAAUUGAGCAAGUGUUUACCUUUGCCGGUGAGCUACUACGUGACAUUGGCUUAGACGUCUUUGUGAAGGUGGAUGUCGUUACCGACCCUACUAGCUCGAAGCGCCGUGUUGUGGCCCUGGAUGAACCUCGUGUACUGUUAAUUGCGGCAGACAUGUCCAUGCCCAAGCUAGUCGAAUUAGUGAAGCUGGCUACCGAAGAAGCUGCUGCCGUGUUCGGAGUGUCCGAUAUAACUGCACUCGCGACUGAGGUGGUGUCUGUCUUCUCGAGUUUCAGCACAAUAGCCGGACCAAGUGGGGCCAAAAGCGGCACACCGGAACUCUUAAAGGUUAACAACCUUGCUGUCGGCUUUCGGUUACUCCUCAAAAAAGCGUUCGGUAGAACUGUUAGCAUUGACAACGAUACGCCCUUAUUGUUACUGGCGCCAGAUUUUCUGAAGAAUAGGCUGGACGACAUUAUCCGCGCAGAACCGCCACGAGCACUCCUCAAUUACUUCGGUCUUCGUGUUAUGGCUCUGUACGCUCCUUUCCUUCAACGGCCCUUCACGAACCUCCACAAACUAUUCUCUCUGCAGUUUUUCGGACGAGUAACGCAGCAGGACAAGUCUUCAUAUUGCGUUCGGGCGAUCGAACGGGUCCUUCCUGCGUGCGUCCUACGAGCGUACGCCCUAACUAGCGUCCAACCAGACGUCGACUAUCGCCUUUGGGUGUCCCAGCUAGAAGACGUCUUCUUUCGUUACAUGGAACGCCUCAACUGGUACGACGAAUUCACUGGUCUAAGUACACGCUACAGGCUGAAGCAUACGUACUUGGAAGUGUUCUUUCCCGGCUGGAUUCUAAAUGGAAGCAAGCCCUGCGCGCCCAACUACACUAUCGGCGGUAGCCUCGUGGAAUCAUUUUACCGUUUGGCCAGUUCGCGUCAAGACGAUUACUUCAAGCAGAUAUUAAGUAGUGACCUCUGGAUACCAGGCGUUACGUCGUUAUUCGAGACAUCGUCGAUCUACGAUAUACCACGGCAGAGCGUGAGGAUACCAGUGGGUGUUCUUAACGCGUCGGUUCCUGCCAAGAGCACCGUGUUCGAUUUCCACUUGUCUCGGGUGGCGGUUCGGAUUUACGCGGCCUUAAUUGAGAUAGCGUUGGACCGAACCAUCUACGAAAGCGAGACGUCCCUUCAAACCAGCGCCGAAUCCGAGCGUAUUCUCAGUUACAUUCUCGACUGCUUCGUCAAAGACUUCAGAGGACUUCCGGCCGGAAUUCGCGACGGCUCCCACUCCAUCGUCACGGACCUUCGCUGGGUCCGCCAUUCCAUUUUGCGGCACACAGCGGCGCUGCAGUUGGCCUACCAGGCGUUCAGGGACUUACUGCAAGUCAGGAAGAUAUGGAACUUUGAUUUCAGGCUCCUCACGCUGCCCGACGUUUCGGCUGAUCAGCUCUUCUUCGUAUAUUACGCGCUCGACAACUGUGAAUCCAGCGACGUGAACUUUAAGAGGCGGGCGUACGAGAUGGACCGCAAGAUACCACCUGCUGACCGGGUGAACCUUGCCUUGAGGCACACAAAGACUUUUCAUGACGCCUUUGGCUGCGAGCAGGGAAGCGCGAUGAGAGCUGAGGGCGCGGCCUUCUGCAAUGUUCUAUAGUAUUAAUAAGUGAUUUAACUAAUCGUAUAGCGACACAAUGCACUGUAAACUGGAAAACACCCUUAUGGGUGUGAAUGGCUUGUCCUAUAACUGACACCUCUUUUUACACCGUACAUGGUC